AUCACGAAUGCUAAGGCCGCUUUCUUGGCAACCAGGAUGUUUGAAAAAUGCAUGAAAGAUAUCAUGUUUCGCUACUCUGUGGAUGCCUCCUCCAUACAAAAGGGACUUCACCUCGGGUGCGUCACACUCCGCCUUUGUUACCACAAGUAUCCAAUCCAAGGAAAUGACACAGAAGCAUCUUUCAAGCAAUUAGCUAGCUGCUUGCGGAACGGAAUGGUGAUGUUCGCACACAUGGGCGAGAAAUAUUUUCAACGUGCAAACUAUACUAUGGAGACGCUCCGUAGUAUCGUGCAAGAUAUGGAGGUCUGCUUUCUGAAGAACAACCUCGUGACCCGGGAUGGGAACGUUGCCUUGGCUAUUAUCCGCUGGUUUCGUUCUACAUUUUUUCGCUAGGGUAGAUAACGGAUGGCCUGGAAUAAACAUCUGACUACUCUCUUA